AUGCUGGGAGGAGACCAGACAUCUAAUGGCGGCUCAGUUAUACGAAGCUUGGAACAAAUCUUUCAGAGAAAUCCUGAUGAUCCGUACAUCUUGUACCCGGAUGCUACCCGAACCGGACACUGCUCACUGGAUGGACACCAAAUCAUCAAUGCCGUACGGUAUGGAGCGGAAAAGUAUCAGGGAGCUGUCGGACCGGCCCGUGAAACGGAUCGAGUUGUAGCGUACCUGUCCAGUUCCCAUGUCUCCUAUUUUAUCAACCUCUUAUCUUUGAUGACCAACGAUUAUGUUCCGCUUCUUCUCUCGCCGCGGAAUGCCACAGCCGGCAUGGUGGAUCUCAUCCAGCGCUCCAAGGCGGUCGCUUUGGUCUACGAGCCUGGUCAAUCUCAUAUUGUUCAGCAGCUGCGUAAGGACCUACCAGAGCUAAAAAUGGUAGAGGCUAUCCAGUUUGAAGAAUUAUUGCGUGAUGAAAAGAACGAGUGGAUGAAAGAGGAUGGCAGUGUUGGAUUUGGUAUCAAACAGAGUGUUGGAGCCACGGAUAACCUUGCCGACCGUGUGACUCUUGCCAUGCACAGUUCCGGAUCGACAGCCUUCCCAAAGUUGCGGUACUGGACUAACCGCUCAAUGAUGGCGAAUCCCAAUGAUCGAGGUUUUGACGAUACGUCGCGUCGACAACGAACGUUCCUCCCCGCUCCCUUGUUCCAUGCAUUGGGCAUCUGGGUCGGGCUUUCCACUCUACGCGCCUCCGGGGCCAUCAUCCUCGCAUCCUUCCCAUUUAGUCCCGCAGCGCUGCUCGACGCAGUGCAAAAAACCAACCCCACGAAAAUCGUUUUGCCUCCGUCACUACUCGAAGAUUUCGUAGGUUAUCUAGACACCACAGCACCGGAGCGAUGGAGCAUCCUCUCGUCGUUGGAUUCCAUCCUUGUUGGAGGUGCACCCUGUCCGCAGGAGAUCGGAGACCGCGUUGUCGAACGGGGUAUUGGACUGAGGAGUAUCUAUGGGUCAACCGAAGCUGGCGUGCUACUGGGGCCUGAACCCGGCUCAAAGGAAUGGAAUGUCCUGCGUCCCAUUAUUGAUGAGCAGCAUAUCAAGUGGCAAGUUGUCAAUAAAGAACGUGGUAUAUAUAGGAUGUUCGUCAGGACCAGCGUGGUAGGAUUUGCAAAGGGCGUCACCGAUGAGGAAUGGUACGAUACUAAUGAUUUGUUCAAACAAGUCCGGCCUGGCUUCUGGAUGUAUCGGGGACGCGGAGACGACAUUCUCGUUCACAUCACCGGUGAAAAGACUAAUCCGGUCCCGAUGGAGCUCAGUCUCCGCACUCACCCUCUCAUCCACGAAGCCGUCAUCCUUGGACAAGACCGAUUCCAAACCUGCGCGUUCAUUCUUCUCGAUAGACAGGAAAUACUAAAGUAUUCCCCCUUAGAGGUGAUGGACCAAGUUUAUCGAGCUGUCGAAGACGCCAAUGAAUUGGCUCCGCAGCAUUCACGACUAAUCAAGGAACUAGUUGAAGUGUUACCAUUUGGACAUGCUGAUUUCCCGAGAACAGAAUCAAAAGGGAACGUCAUACGUCGCCGGGCGGCUGUCAUGCUGAAAGAACGAGAACAAAAACUUUAUGAACGAUACGAGAAGGGAUUGUCGGAGCAGGGACCCAAACAGGCAUUGGGUGCUCAAGGAGAUUUAACAGAUUUCAUCGUGCAAGCUGCGGCCAAGAUCAUGGGCCGGGACGCAACGACAUUAACGGAUCCGCAGGAUCAACGUACCUCUCUCUUUGCAUUGGGCCUCGAUUCCCUGGGAGCCACGCAACUCCGUAACGAACUGGCGCGAGUUGUGAACAAUGAUCUACCCCGCGACAUCGUCUUUAGCUACUCCUCGAUCCAUGACUUGGCUUCCUACUUGAGCAGUGUGCGCAACGAGCCGACGUCCCUAACGGAUCUACGGCGAGCGAUCAGGGACGAAGUUGCAGCCAUCUUGAAAAAGACGAUGGACACAAGCAUGGAUGAUGUGUCCUUCUUUGAAAUUGGAUUGGACUCGCUGGGUGCCACAACGCUCAGCAAUCGUCUCGCCAAGAUACUGGGAAAGGACAUCAAACGGGACAUUAUAUUUGAUCAUUCGACUGUUUCCGGUUUGGCCAGUGCACUCAGUGGUACCACUGGAGAUGACAAUGUAGCUUCUACCAAACAGUUAACAAAAGCUCAAGAUCUCCUCAAAAAAUACAUUUCCCGCAUCUCUACACUUACGCCAUUGCCUGCAGACACUUCCCAGCCAGACCGCCGACGCAUUCUCCUAACUGGCUCUACCGGCGCCCUCGGCACCGAACUCCUCGCCUCGCUCCUCGCUCUUCCCAAUGUCGACAAAAUCUACUGUCUCCACCGUGGCUCCAACGAUUUACAGCGGGAGAGCAAGUCAUUUGCAUCACGAUUAGGGGACGCCUCAAUUCUUGAACAAGCAGAAGCCGAGGGAAGAGUACAUGGAGUGGCAGCCAACCUGGAAGAGGACCGCUUGGGAGUUGGAGACGAGACAUACAAACUCUUGGAAGACGUGACGGAUAUUCUGCAUGUCGGCUGGCCAGUUAAUUGGAGUUUUCCGGUGGAGGCUUUUGAUGGGACAUUGAACGGUACUAGAUUUUUUUUAUAG